UGGAGCGCGGGGUUUGAGUGGGCCGUUGUUGUAGUGACCGCGAGGCGCUGCCGCUCCGGGCAGACGGUUCCGGGCGCCGCACGGUCCUACCCCGCCCCCUCCCUUCUCCCGAUUCCCCACACGGGCAGGAGCCAGGAGCCAACCGCUUCCACCCAUGGCCUCAGCCCCGGAGGACCCCGUUCUGCAGCGUUAUUUUAAGGGCCACAAAGCGGCGAUCACCUCCGUGGACUUUAGUCCCGACGGCAAACAACUUGCUACUGGGUCUUGGGAUACAUUUCUCAUGCUAUGGAGUUUCAAGCCGCAAGCUAGAGCUUUCAGAUACGUGGGUCACAAGGACGUUGUAACCAGCGUGCAGUUUUCUCCACUUGGAAACUUACUGGCAUCUGCUUCACGAGACAGGACCGUUAGACUCUGGAUUCCUGAUAAGAGAGGGAAAUCCUCUGAAUUUAAAGCUCACACGGCUCCAGUUAGAAGUGUGGACUUUUCAGCCGAUGGCCGGUUUCUUGCUACAGCUUCUGAAGACAAAUCUAUCAAAGUAUGGAACAUGUAUCGCCAGCGCUUCUUAUAUUCUUUGUACCGACACACACACUGGGUUCGCUGUGCCAAGUUUUCACCUGAUGGAAGACUAAUUGUAUCAUGUAGUGAGGAUAAAACUAUUAAAAUCUGGGAUACCACAAAUAAGCAAUGUGUUAAUAACUUCUCAGAUUUUGUAGGGUUUGCACAUUUUGUGGAUUUUAACCCUAAUGGUACAUGCAUAGCUUCAGCAGGUUCUGAUCAUACCGUGAAAAUCUGGGAUAUAAGAGUGAACAAGUUACUCCAGCAUUAUCAAGUUCACAGCGGUGGAGUUAAUUGUAUAUCAUUCCAUCCUUCGGGUAACUAUCUCAUCACUGCUUCUUCAGAUGGUACGCUUAAGAUUCUGGACCUCUUAGAAGGAAGGCUAAUAUAUACACUUCAAGGACAUACGGGGCCUGUCUUCACUGUUACAUUUUCAAAAGGUGGAGAGCUGUUUACGUCAGGAGGUGCAGAUGCACAGGUCUUAUUAUGGAGGACUAACUUUGAUGAACUGAAUUGUAAAGAUGUUAUUAAAAGAAACCUCAAAAGAUUACACUUUGAUUCACCACCACAUCUUCUCGAUAUCUACCCAAGGACACCACAUCCCCAGGAUGGAAAAAUUGAAACUGUUGAAAUUAAUCCAAAGCUUGAUGUAAUCGAUUUGCAGACCUCUACUCCCCCUGUUGUGGACAUCCUUUCUUUUGAUUCUACCACAACAACAGAAACCACUGUUCAAACUCUACCAGACAAGGGUGAAGAGAUCUGUGGAUAUUUCUUGAACCCUUCUUUAAUGUCAUCAGAAUGUUCACCUACAACCUUGAAAAAGAAAACAGAAGAAAUGAGUGACCUCCCUUCUGAGAGUCAACGAAGCAUACCGCUCGCGGUGACCGACGCGUUAGCGCAUAUUAUGGAACAGCUCAAUGUUUUGACACAGACUGUUUCAAUCUUGGAGCAGCGACUGACUUUGACAGAAGAUAAACUGAAAGACUGCCUUGAAAAUCAGCAAAGGCUUUUCAAUGCUAUCCAACAGAAAAGUUGAAUAGAAAAAUAUGAGCAGAGGCACGAGAAA